AUGGACAUUGAAACUAAUAAAGAUACACCAAUAAAAAGUUGGUGGAAAAAAGUCACGCACAAUUCAAACAGUAAUAAACCUAAAAUAAAAAACUUAUCUUUGUUAGACGACCAAAUAUUUGGUGUUCCAUUGGAGGAAAGCUUACGAUGUGCUCGCGCUGCUAUUGCUUAUGUAGAUAAUGACAUCCAAUAUGUUGGUUUUAUACCUGUCAUUGUUGCAAAAUGUGGUUCUUUUCUCAAGGACCAAGGCCUUUAUACAGAGGGUGUGUUUCGCAUGAGCGGCAGUGCAAAGCGAAUUGGUCAACUUCAACAGAUAUUCAACACUGCGCCAGACUAUGGAAGACAGUUAGAUUGGAAAGGAUAUUCAGUGCAUGAUGCUGCCAAUGUCUUGCGUCGUUUUCUCAACUAUUUACCCGAACCUGUGAUCGUACAUAAGCUCUAUCAGCCCUUUCGUGAUGUUAUUUCGUCAGACACGGCAACAGAACAAGAAAAAGUGGCUCGGUUUCAAAGCCUGAUUGAACAGUUACCUGAACAUCACCAAUAUUUAUUGUUUUAUCUUUUAGAUCUAUUGUCCUUGUUCAGUCAGAAUGUACAGAUCACAAAAAUGGAUACAUUUAAUUUGGCUUCUGUUUUUACACCUGGUAUAUUACUAAAUCCUGAACAUGCCAUGAUUCCAGCUCAAUACAAAAGUUCACAAAGAGUUGUUCAAUUCUUAAUAGAACAUCAACAUUGCUUUAGGAUGCCUCGUUCUUCUUGGUUUACAGUGUUGAAGGAAGAAGAAAAGAAACAAGAUCCUUCCACUCCUAAUCCUCCCAAGUCAUUACAAGAAGCAUUGAAUUCCCCAACAAUAUCACAAAAGGAUCAAAGAGUAAAAAGAGCAAAAACAAUGCCUUCAAGGAGAUCAAGAUAUGGUCCUAAUGAUCCUUUACAAAUCGUUCAAUUAAACAAAUCCGUGAUUGAAACAGGGCAAAAUAAAUAA